UUCGCCAACAUAGCCAGCUACCAGGACCUGUUGGGCAGCCAUCAUCAACUGCUCAUAGCCGCCACAGCCGCAGCCACCGUCGCCGCUGCCGCAGUCGAGCCGCAACUGCCGCAAUUGACGACGACGCCAUCCACAGCCACCAUCACCAUACCCAUAAUAACCAAUAACCAGACCCAGAAUCAGAGCCACAACAACACCAACACAAACACAACAACAACAAACAACAACAACCAGCAGGCGGUGUUCGAAAAAGCCAUCACCAUUUCGUCGAUUGCGAUUAAACGCAGGCCGACGCUGCCGCAGACGCCAGCAAGUGCCCCACAGGUGUUGUCGCCGUCGCCGAAACGCCAGUGUGCCGCCGCCGUCUCAGUGCUGCCCGUGACAGUUCCUGUGCCCGUGCCCGUGUCCGUGCAACCACUGCAGCCCGUGCAAGUCCCAGUGCCAGCCAGCGCCCUCAAAGGACACCAUCUGGGAAAUCAUCUGGGAAAUCACAUUGGAAGCCAUCUUGGGAGUCAGCUGCAGCAGCACCCCCACCAUCCGCACCACCAGCUGAGCUUCGCCCAUCCCACACAGUUUGCGGCCGCCGUUGCCGCCCACCACCAGCAGCAGGCCCAGCAGCAGGCGCAGCAGCAGCAGGUGCAACAGCAACAGGUUGCGUACGCAGUAGCGGCAGCACAGCAGCCACAACUGCAACACCAGCAGCAACAGCAGCAGCAGGCGCAGCAGCAGGCACAGCAAGUGCAACAGCAGCAGCAGCGUCUGGCACAGUUCAAUCAAGCGGCAGCCGCUGCCUUGCUCAACCAGCACUUGCAACAUUCGGCGGCAGUGCACCAACAGCAGGUGGUGCAACAGCAACAGCAACAGGCAGCAGCAGCACAGCAGAUCCAACAGCAACAGCAGCACCAGCAACAACAACAGUCGCUGGCCCACUACUACAGGCACCAGCCGUACGUGCAACAGCAACAGCACAUUCUGCUGAGUGGCAACAGCAGCAGCAGCAAACAGAUCGCCAGCAACAGCAGCAGCCAACAACAGCAACAACAACAGCCCGCACCAGCACCAGCAGCCGUUGCCGUUGCAGUUGCAGCAGCGACACCAGCAACAGCCACCGUUGCCGCUGUACCCACGAGCGGCGGCAGCAGCAGUUUGCCGGACAGCCCCGCCCACGAAUCGCACUCGCACGAAUCGAACUCUGCCACGGCCUCAGCGCCAACGACACCCUCGCCGGCCGGUAGUGCCACAACAGCAGCCACCACCACAACAGUUGCAACAGCGUCAGGAGGCGUCAGCGACAGCAACAACAACGCCGCCAUAAUGGAAAAUCAAAUGGCACUCGCCCCGUUGGGACUCUCGCAGAGCAUGGACUCCGUUAAUACGGCCAGCAACGAGGAAGAGGUUCGCACACUUUUUGUCAGCGGUUUGCCCAUGGACGCCAAGCCGCGUGAACUAUAUUUACUAUUCAGAGCCUACGAGGGCUACGAAGGAUCUCUAUUGAAAGUAACUAGCAAAAAUGGCAAAACUGCAUCGCCCGUGGGCUUUGUGACAUUCCAUACAAGAGCUGGAGCCGAGGCAGCCAAACAGGAUCUGCAGCAGGGUGUACGCUUCGAUCCCGAUAUGCCCCAAACAAUUCGCUUGGAAUUCGCCAAGAGUAACACGAAAGUGAGCAAACCCAAACCACAGCCCAAUACAGCGACAACAGCCUCACAUCCUGCAUUGAUGCACCCACUCACUGGACAUCUGGGUGGGCCGUUCUUUCCGGGCGGACCGGAGUUAUGGCAUCAUCCGUUAGCGUAUUCGGCAGCAGCCGCCGCUGAUUUGCCCGGAGCUGCAGCACUGCAGCAUGCAACAUUAGUGCAUCCGGCCCUGCAUCCGCAGGUGCCAGUGCGCUCCUAUCUCUGACUAAAUACAGACAAAGUAAUGGAGCAGCCUAUGCAUCAAACUCAAAUGACCAUGCCGCAACAUCAUCAGACCACUGCUACUGCUAUACAUCCUGGGGCAGCUGCAAUGGCACAUAUGGCCGCUGCUGCUGCCGCGGCCACGCCACAGAAUGCUGCUGCGGCAGCCACGGCCGCCGCCGCCGCUGCUGCUGCUGCCCAACAUCAUCAUUUUUUAUCGAGUCCAGCGCUUGCAAGUCCCGCCGGAUCCACGAAUAAUGCCACACAUCCGGCUAAUCCACAAAUAGCGGCAAAUGCACCCUGUUCCACGCUGUUUGUGGCCAAUCUAGGACAAUUUGUCUCCGAACAUGAGCUCAAGGAGGUCUUCUCUAGAGGAGCGGGUAUGGAAUCACGGCAUGAUUUGCUCGCUAAAAAACUAGAGAGAGAAAUGCAACAACAACAACAGCAGCAACAGCAACAGACACAGCAGCAACAACAGCAACAGCAGCAGCAGCAGCAUCACCAUGCAGCAGCAGCGGCAGCGCAGCAUUACCAUCAACAGGCAGCGCAGCACCACCAUCACCAGCAGCAGCAGCAACAGCAGCAGCAACAACAGCAACAACAGCAACAACAGCAGCAGCAGCAACACCUGAACCACCAUCAUCAGCAUCAUCAUCAUCAUCACCAUCAGCAGCAACAGUUCUUAAUGACGCCGACAGCAACCUGACGAUUCCAUCACUAUGGAACGCCGCAUGCCACACAUCUGCUGCAGCAGCAGCAACAUCCGCCGCAGCAGCAGCAACAGCAGCAACAUCAUCAUAUCUACUCGUAUGUGGUGCCGGCAGUCAGUCACAUAGCAGCCUGAUGGAUGAUGAUCCACAUUUGAGUUUGAAAGUUCAUAGGUCAAGAAAGGAGCUCCCCCGCAUGCAACGGAUUCAUGCGCAACAAAAGGAGGCAACAACAACAACAACAACAAAAACAAGAAAAACUUUAGUUCUAGAACAAAGAAAACAAAAAAAAAACCAUAAAAAAACUAUAAAAAAUGAAAGAAAAAAAAUACAAAAAAGAAAGUUAAUUUAUAGACGAGAAGGAGGUAGAAAGCAGAGAGAAAGAAGGAAAGAGAAACCCCCGUAAUCCCAGUUUAGUGAAAUUUUUCGACAGAAGAAAAGCAACAGCAGAUUGUAGAGGAACCAAAAACAAAGCAAAGCAAAAGCAAAAACAAAAACAAACAAAUAAAUAAUGAAAAUGUGGGAAAAACUUGUAGUAAAAUAUACAAAAUAUACGAUAGAUCGGAAAAAGCUGAGCGAACUACUUAAACUAAAGUUUAGACGAUGAUAUGCCCCUUAUAAACAAGUACAUAUAUAUAUAUACAUAUAUACAUAUACAUAAACCCCAUAUAUAUGUGUGUAUAUAUUUAUAAUAAAUAUUAAUUAUAUAUAGCAAAAAAACAAAGGCAAAUGAAAAGCUGAAUCAAGAAGAGUCUCUUUUGUUGAAUUUAUUUUAUUGAAACCCCUCCCCCAACCCCGUCUCCCCCCACCCCAUCAUCAAAAAAUGGAAUUGAAACAUGAAAUUUUAUGAUUUUCUUGCUUGAUUUUUCCUUUUGGUUUUCAGCAGCUAAAUAACAAAAAAUAUAAAUAUAAAUGAAAAUGAAAACAAUUUAAGAAGUAAAAAAAAAUAUAUAAUUAUAGCUUAACCGAAUGUGCCCUUUAAAUAGCUCUCUUUCUAGAAAUAUAAAAACAAAAUAUGACAAAAAAGAAACAAAUACAACAAUGUAUGGUAAUAAUUUGUAUAAUUAUUAAGAAAGAAAGGAAAAUUUUUCAGAUGCAACAAACAACGAGUGUAGUCGAUGAUGUCAUUACUGAAAGCUGGUUUCGCAAAACAAAAAACAAAAACAACAAAAAACAACAAAAAUUUAUUUGUUACAAAAUGAAUUUGAAAAUUUACUCGAAAUGUUGCAGGUGUUGCAGGUGCCGCCGCGCUGUAGUAAAGAUAAAAGACUCGAAAAAAAAACAGAUUUUCUAGAAAAAAAAAACAUAAGAAAUGAAAUGAAAUGAAAUGAAAGGACACUCUAAAACAAAACAAACUUUCCGCCCAAGAAAAUGAUUUACGUUUUUUUUUUCGAGAAUUUCCCCCGGACAAAAGGGGGGACGCCCUUCCUAAAGACUCUAUUCCUAAACUACAUUUCGAAAUGCUAGAACAAUCAAAUCACAUUUCAAAACCCAACCAACGAUUUAGAUGGGGGCGCCGAAAGAGCAGGGGAGAUCGCAGAGAUCGAAGAGGGAGAGAGAGUGGGAUAUAGCUUUGCAGGAAAAGGACGAGUAAAUAAAAUCAAUUUACAUAUCAAACAACAACAAAUUGUAACUAAAAAAAAAUCUAUAAAAAUUAAACCUAAACUAACUAAAAAAAAUAGAAACAUUCAAAGGCAAAAAAUGAGUUCGUUCAGUUUUUCUUUUUUUUGUAUACGGUUUAAAAUCUUUAAAUAUUUUACCAAAGUUGUCCUUAAUAAUUUAACAAUUUGUUAAACAACAAAAACAAAAAUAUACUAAUUUUUAAUGGUUUCGUUUUUAAGAAUUUUUGUUAGUUUAAGGGUUUUUUUUAGAAAUGUGACUAGACAUACCAAAGGCAUAUUGGAGACAAUUGUUAAGAGAAAAAUAUGUAAAAAACAUGAAAAAUCGAUUAAUCAAUUAAUCGAUUAAUAAUUGGUAGCACACACAUUUUAUUCUUAGGUUUUCCUUGACGUUUUCUCUCUAACUUUUUUUUUAGUCGAAUGUAAAACGCAUAUUCCGUCCAAUUACAUUUCUUGCUUUCCUCUUGCCCCCCACCACCACCCCCCCCUUCAUCUCAGCCUCGCGUUGGUAACAGAAUACAUAAUCGGAAAUGUCUCUAUCUAUAAGUCUGUAACACACACACACACACCCCCCACACACACACAGAACAGAUAGAAGUUAAAAACAAAAAAAAACAAAAAAUUAGUUAAAGGUUCUAGUGUUUAAGGAAGGGGUGGAGAGAAAAUGUUUAAUUAUAUUAUAUAUACUAAUGCAUAUCAUAAAAUUGCGCCUUUCAAAACAAACAAUUUAAACAACAAAUAUUUACAAUUAAACAGUAAGCAUUAAUUAACAAAAACAAACAAUUAAUAGAAGCUAAACAACAACAACAAAACAAAAACAAAUAUUUUCGAAAUUAAUUUUUAAGAAUUAAGAAAAGCAAUGGAAAUGUAUGUUAGUGUGUGCGUGUGCGUGUGUGUGUGUGUGUCUAAGGAAAUUUUGUGUGCAAUUUUCAACCAACGCGAACACCCGGCCCCGCCCCCCACCCCAGAGGCUUGAUUUUUCAGACAUUCUUCGAAACUAAACAAAAAACUUCAUGGCUACUAUAUAGAUUUCCGAUUUCUAGUUUAGAUAUCAUCAGCAAAAAACAAAAAAAAACAAAAACCACUUAGAACGUAAACUAAAGAAUGGCAUUGGAAAAUGAAUGAGAAGAAAAAAAAACCUAAACUAAACAAUAUGAAUUAUGGGAACAUUAUAUGAAUAUAUAUACACAACACAUAUAGUAUAUAUACAUAUAUAUAAAUAUAGAUAUAUAUAAAAAACAUUUUUGGGAAAACAACAACAGAUACAUAUCAGCAAACAAACGGAUAAAGAGAAUGGAUAAACGGAGGGAAGGAUGGAAGGAAGAUGAAGAUGAAGGAGAAAACUUUUACAAUAAAAGCGAUAUGUUUUGAUGUGGUUUUUAAACACUUUUUUAAAACAUUGUAAGCAUAAAAAGGCAGUAAAGCAGUUACCAAAAAAAAAAAAAAAAAAAAAACAAAAAAUAUAAUUGAAAAACAAUUUAG